AUGCGCUUCCCUGUGCCCAAGGGCGUGCUAAGGAUCCACUUUCUAGAGGCCCACGAGCUCCUGGGGAAGGAUAAGUUCCUGGGGGGUCUGAUCAAAGGGAAGUCAGACCCAUACGGAGUCCUGCAGGUGGGGACGCAGCUGUUCCAGAGCAAAGUCGUCCACGAGACUGUCAACCCCAAGUGGAACGAGGUCUACGAGGCUUUGAUCUAUGACAGCUCUACAGCAAAGAACCUGGAGCUGGAGCUGUUCGACGAGGACACGGACAAAGACGACUUCUUAGGAAGCCUGGUGAUUGAUUUGGCCGAGCUGCAAAAGGAGCAGAAAGUGGACGAGUGGUUCAUCCUGGAUGAAGUUUCUCAGGGGAAGCUGCAUCUGAAGCUUGAGUGGUUAUCUCUGCUCCCCAAACCAGACCUAUUGGACCAGGUCUUGUCCAGCAUCAGAGCUGAUCGUGGUCAUGCCAACGACGGUCUGUCCUCCGCCGUCCUCGUGGUGUUCCUGGAUUCAGCUCGAAAUCUGCCAACGGCCACGGUCAGUAAGGUCCUCAAGACGGGUAAAAAGGUAACAUCGGAGCCCAGUCCCUUCGUCCUGUUCAACGUGGGACAUAAGAGCUUUGAGAGCAAAACACGUUAUAAGACCAACGAACCGGUUUGGGAGGAAGCCUUCACCUUCCUUAUCCACAACCCAAAGACUCAGGAGCUGGAGGUGGAGGUGAGGGACGAGAAGCACGAGUGUUCUCUGGGCAAGCUAUCCGUUUCUCUGACCACCCUCAUGGACGCUCCAGACAUGACCUUGAACAAGAGCUUCCCCCUGAGGAGCAGUGGCCCAACGUGCAGCCUGAAGAUGAAGCUGGCUCUGCGGGUCUUGUGUCUGGAGAAAGACACUACCCCCUCAAACGGCUUGCCCUCCGCAGUGCAGGUGCGUAAGUCCAGCUCCACGCCUCGCCCUUCCAUCUCGUCUGACAGCGGCCUGCCGAACCACUCUGACCCAGCCUCAGUCUCGAGCCAGACUGGGGCUGAACUGCACAACGGCCGGAACCAGUCCAGUCUGAACCUGAAUGCCAAAGAACCCACUCCGUCUAUCGCCUCAGACAUCUCAAACCCGUACGCAGCUCAGGAGCUGCAGUACCGCCUCUCACAGCUGCCAAAUGGCUCCGCUCACUUUCCUCUUGGGGAAAUCCAGCUCACACUGAGACACAGCUCUCAGAGGAACCGGCUCAUAGUGGUGGUGCACAGCUGCAGGUAA